AUGCUCCCAAAUAGUGACACCACUCCAUUCCUGACCUUGUGGGCUUUUGACUACAAUGAAACUUGCAAUGUAACUUGGUGGGCACCUUCAUACACAUCGAAAGUAGUGAUGUGGAAAGUUUCAGCUCAAUCAGAUGACUGUGAGCAAUCUGGCAGCACUUCCAGUCUGACACCAUCAUAUCUAUACCAUCAUGCCAAAAACCACCCCAGAGAGGUGCUGAUUGGCACUCUUUCACAUCCAAAAUGGGGAAUCUACCCAUUCAGUUGCCAAGCAACUUGUCAAAGGGGGGCCAGCCAAGAAAACUCCAGCCUUGUCAUGUUCACUUCCUGGACCACUAUUUCGAGCUCAAUUCAACCUCCAUGGUCAGGAAAGCAUGUCAUGCACUGCAGGAGACAUUUCAAGUCAAAGCAUGCCCAACCACAGUUAGUGAAAAAACCAAAGCUACUCAAGAGACAUUACAAAGCCCAUCACAAAUUUGCUAAUGAGCACAAGGACAUGACUGUUGAGGAUUGGAAGAAUGUGGUAUGGUCUGAUGAGAUGAAGUUCAACUUCUUUGGACCAGAUGGUAAGCAGUUCUGUUGGAUUAAGAAUGCUGGCUUCAACAGCAAGCUUGUCAGGCCAAUGGUCAAGUUUGGCAGUGGCUCCAUCAUGAUCUGGGGCUGUAUGAUGUGGGAAGGGGUGGGAGAUUUGCAGCUUCAGCAUGCAUACACUGACAUCACAUUUCAGCAAGACAAUGACCCAAAACACAUGUCAAAGAAGACAACAACAUGGUUGGAAAGCAAUAGCAUUAAGGUUAUGCAAUGGCUGGUGCAGUCACCAGACUUAAACCUGAUUGAACACCUCUGGCACCAUCUCAAAAUGCAACUUUCACAGUAUAGUACAAUUGCAAAGUCCAGGGAUGAACUGCUCAAGAGAUGUGAAGCUGAAUGGACAGCAAUCACUCCAGAGACAUGUAGGAUGCUAAUAGAGAGUAUGCCAGACCACAACAAGGUGGUUCUGAAGGCCAAAGGAGGGAAUAUGAAGUACUAA